GGAAAAGGGUUGGAAAAAAGAGAAAACCUUUUUUUUUAGAGCUGAAGUUGAAUUUCUUUUUUCCAAAAAAAGACGUCAAACUUUUUUUUUUCUAUCUUUACUUUUCUUUUCCUCUUCCUAUUUUUUAAUUUAUAAUGUCUGAAGUAGAGAUGGGUAAUGAAGAAACAGAUUUAAGCUUAGCAUCGUCAAAAAGUUCCGAUGGGCGCAUAGAUGUGGAUUUGGAAGAUGGACCACUUUUUCGAGCGACAGUGAAAGAAUAUGAAGGCAGAACACUCGUCUUGAAAGGUUAUCUCAAACGUAUCUUAAAAGCAGCCAGUAGUAACCUGGAAGCCAAAACACAGGUUCUUGAACAAGACAAGCUCUUUAUCGAAGCACUUAAAGAAGCACCCUUUGCAGAACCCUUGUUCAGCCAUUACCUCGACUUUACCUGGGAAAAACUACAUGAGCAACAAGAACGACUCUUAUUUUGUAUGCAGAGUUUAUUGAUUCACCCUUUACAGAAACUGUACGAUAUGGAUAUAAAGACUGUAGACACUAAACGACGAAGAUUUGAAGAUGUUAGUAAAGAUUACUAUGCCAACCUCGCCAAGUACCUUAGUAUCAAGACACCCACCAACAACAAAAAACAACAAAGAACUGAACUUGAAUUUAUUGCCAAAAAGCGAGAGUUUGAUCUGGUGCGAUUUGAUUAUUACACUUUUUUAAGAGAUCUGCACGGUGGUAAAAAAGAACAAGAGAUUCUCUAUCAUCUACUCAACCUGUAUGAAAAGCAAUAUUCUUUUUUUCAUGAUGUCCACAAAACCUUGGAACCCCAUAAACAAGGCUUGGAUGAAUUAGCCUACAUGAUUGCUGAGGCUUCGCGGGAGCAAAAAAUAGUGAACCAAGAAAGGAAUGAAAAACGAAAGAUUCUCAUUCAAAAAUAUAAUACGCCAGAGGAUGAAGAUAAACGUAAAUCCUAUUCUCCUUUAUCUCCCACUGUUUCAUUCUCUCCUCCGUCACAGGAUUUCUUGAUGUUGGACGAAAGUCUGUUGGAUCCUCCUCCCCCACCUCCACCACCAACUGCUGCUCCUCCCAUUGUUGGUUUGGGUAUUCUCGAGAAUAAGUUUAAAGGCAUUCGUGAUUUGGAACAACAGGAUGAAAACUACAAAAACACAAGUGGUAGAAGAAAAGAGGGCUUCCUAUUUGCUACUUCAAAACCAACAAAGAACCAUCAUAACCACAACACUCCUUCCUUUGACAUGUCCUCCACCGUCAACUGGCACAAAUAUUGGUGUGUGCUAAGCGGGGGACAGUUGCAUGAAUACAGUAACUGGAAACGACACUUGGAAACACAUAUAGAGCCCAUCAAUUUAAGGUUUGCCACUGUACGAGAAGCGCGUAACGCAGACCGAAGAUUCUGUUUCGAAAUCAUCACACCCAAUUUCCGUCGCAUGUAUCAAGCGACUUCGAGUGCAGAGCUCUCGAGUUGGAUAGCCACGAUUAAUAAUGCGAUUAGUAGUUUAUUAAACGGGAUGAGUAGUUCGGUCAAUCUCAAGGAAAACGUUUCUCCUACACCUUCAUCCAGUUUAUCACCUAAUAGCGCACAUUGGAAACAUGGGGCCCGAUCAUUAAGUGGAGCACUAAGUGGGUUAGCUGCUGCCAAGGACAAAUAUUUAUCAAAGAAACGACAUCAUGGUGGUCGAAAGCAUAUCCAAUAUAUUAGUUCACCGACUUCAGCCACACCACAAAUACCCACUACUAAUAAUCCAAACUCGGACUUAUUGAUCCAGUUACGAAAAGAUCUUUCCAAUACCAUUUGUGCCGACUGCUCAGCCAAAAAUCCAGAUUGGUGUUCCCUUAAUCUUGGCAUUCUCAUCUGUAUAGAGUGUUCGGGUAUUCAUCGAAGUUUAGGCACACAUAUCUCCAAAGUACGAUCAUUGACCUUGGACAGUGCUUCAUUCACACCGGAUAUUGUUCAACUCUUACUUUCUAUCGGUAACGCCAAAUCCAACGAGGUGUGGGAAUCCGAUAUUCAACCUCAGCAUAAAAAACCUAUACCCACUGAUAGUCGUGAUCAAAAGUUAAAAUACAUUCAAUCCAAAUACGUGGAUAAACUCUUUGUUUCCAAGAAUGAAACCUUAAAUCCCAUGGAUAUCCUGUAUAAUGCUAUCGAAAGGGACGAUAUACCUCAAGCAUUAUAUGCAAUCGCCAUUGGUGCUAAUGUCAAUCAACCUUUCACUGCAAAUAAGCCCAUCAUACCCAUCCUAUCCACACAACAACAAAGACAUUCGGUACUUCAAUUACCGAUGCUGGAUAUUGCCGGUAACGAAUACCUUGACCGAACCAUGGAGAUCAAUCUGGAGAAUCCUAUCCUUGUCACUGAAAAAGAUUAUAUUGUACGUUACGCUUUACAUUUUGCUUUGUUAAAUCGUGAUGAAGAUGUUUUGGUCAUGGAAACGGGAGAUAUACCUCAACGACCCACCAAUCCAAUUGCUGCCCAAUCAGAUAGUUUUAAUGAUGAUAGUUGUAGUGCAACCAGUAGUAGUAGCUGUAGUGAUACAAGUAGCAGUAGUUGUAGUGAUCAAAAUCAACAACAACAACAACCGGUAACACGUGUAUUUCCCAUGGCCGAAUUCUUAUUUCAAAAUGGAGCCGAUGUAUAUAUUAAAGAUGUGGCUACGGGCCGAUUAUUAGCACAUUUAGUUGGGUUGGGACAAUUAGUGGAUAAUGAAGCCAUUCAUUAUUUAAAUAUGAAGAAUAGUCUUCGAGGACAAUCUCCUAUUGUUCGAACCCAUGUGAUACCUCCCCCUUUUAUAAACUAGUUAAUAAUACUCUUUAUGUAUAAAAACAAAACAAACAAAAAAAAAACCCUAUUAUGUUCUUUAUUCCUCCUCCUCUUCAUCUUCUUCAUCUGUGAUAUCUACAAUUAAUGUGGCACUAG